GGCACCACCAGCAGCACCAGCAGUAGCAGCAGCAGCAGUGGCAGCAGCGUGCCGAAAAUUUUCACCCCGCAGAACUAGCACAUCCCGUUCAGCUCUUUUUUUCCUCACUUUUCCUCGUUCUAUUGGCUGCUGCUAGCCUGCCUGGCUGCCCGUCUGUCUUCCCGUCUGGUCCUGUGCAGCAGGGUAAUGUUUGCAAGAAUAUGAUGUUGUGACGACGGUGCGAGGGGUGCGUGUGUGUGUGUGUGCGUGUGUCUGCACAUGUGUGCACGUCGGUGUUAGUGAGAAGAGAAAGGGCUUCAUCAUCACUGCUGCCCUGUGUACGGUGCGCGCUUGUGUGCGCGCGUGUGUGUGUGUGUGCGUCAAAUUUGGAUGCUGGUGGAUAAGCCCGUCCACGCUCCGUGUGUGUUGCACAGGCCGCGGCAGUGAAAUGAAGUAAAACAAAGUUUGUCCGUGGCACCGCACACAAUUGGCCCUGCGAAAAUUAGCCCCCAACCAACGGUACACGCACGGUGAGGAAGACAAGAAAACAAGAAAAACAACAACGGAAGAAACAAACGCAUGUGAAGCCUUGUACCGGACAGGGGGGCGGUCCAAGCAAGCCGUCGUCAUUUGCCCCCGUUCAGGAAGGAUGGGGAGAGGGUGCUUUUUUUUGCACACAUCGUGAACAUUCCGCAUCGCACCGUGGGAUGUCAUUGGGUGUGUGUGUGUGUGUGUCUGGUGCGCCCAAGUGAAUGCAUUACAGAUUCGUGUGUAACUGACCAGCCACUCAACGCAGCACGGUUGUUGUUUUUUUUUGUUUCAUUUGCACCGCUCGUGAAGCUCACGGUAUCGUGCUGUGCGCGUGUGUGUGUGUGUAGGAUGAUAGAAUGUGAGCAAAAAAAAAAGUUGCCCGAAAGAGUAAGGUAGGGCUGGCAAGCGCUCUAUCUCUCUCUCUCUCUCUCUCGCUCGCUCGCUCUCUCUGCGGGGGAACCACGGAGUAGAAGAAAGUGUGAAAGUGAUCGUGAAGAAGAGGAAGAAGAAGAAAAAAGUGAAAAAUAGUUAGCAAACAUCUGCUAAAAAUUUUCCCUUUCCAAGCACCACGUGUGUAUGUGAGCGUGCGCGCGCGCCCGCCCGUGUGUGUGUGUGUUUGUGCGUAUUGUUUGUGUUGUGCAAAGGUGUGCAAUAGCAGGAAGUGCAAGCAAGGGGGAAAAGGGAAAGAUCCCUUCAAAGCGACCCGCGGUUGAUUUAUUUUCUAUUUUUCCGGCUUUAGUUGGCUCAGCUCUGUGCGGGUGUGUGUGUGAGCGGGUUUUCCUCGAUCGAUCUGCCGAGUAGUAGUGUGUGUGUGUGUGUGCCGUGUGCCUAACCCAGUGUGCGCGUGUCGGGCAUGUGUGGUGCUGUGCGUAGGCGCGUGUGUUUGCCGGGGGCAUGAUAGUAACCCCUCGAUCGGCCUCGCUCACACUCAACGCAGCAAGCGAAAGCGUCGUCGUCGUCGUCGGUGGUGAUCGUCGUCGGCGUUGCCUACCCCUCGAUACCACGACCGUCGGUGGCGGUGGUGGUGGUGGUGGUGGUGGUGAUAAGAGUAGCAGCAGCAGCAGCAGCAAUAACAGCAACCAUAACAACGGCUGCGACGACCGGAGGGACGGCGUCCCCAUCAUUAGCAACCUGUUGAUUGGCAGCCCAGCCGACAUUUCGGUUGCUGGACAGUGGCACGAAGCAGCGGCCAGGUGGCGGCAAGCGAACGGUAGAGCGAACGACGGCCACCGGUUCGCCAUCUGCACGAGACGGGAGCAGCAACGUAGUACGGCAGGUACCGUUCCGCGCGGUGGGCAGCCCGAAAGCGGCAGCACGUACCGUACCGGCGUGACGGAAGGUGGUGGUGGUGGUGCGGCGGCGUCAGCAGCAGCAGUAGCAGCGGCAGCGACGGCCACGUUUGCGGAAGCCGGCACAAGUCACGACGAUCGGCUGCGCGGUGGUAGUGCGGUUGGUGGAGACGUAGCGGCUGGAUUCGAACGCGUCGAAGGGAUUGGUGGCGGCGGGGUAGGCGAAGCGGAAGGAGUGCGACGUAGUAGCACGGCAACGGCAACGACGAGCGGUCAGCGCCAGCAGCAGCAGCAGCAACAGCAGCAGGAACCGUUCGCACCGAAGACGGCCAGCAGUAGUGGUGAUAGUGUCGGGGGCGGUGGCGGAGGUGGUGGUGGUGGCGGUGGUGGACGAGGGUUCCAUUUCCCCGCGCAUCAACCCGGCCGGCAAGAGGGAGUGGACAUCGUCCUGCCGGUCGCUUCGUACGUGGGAGUGGUGGGCAGUGGUAGGCGACAGCAGCAGCAGCAGUACCAGCAGCAACAGACAGCACCGUCGUCCGCGGACGAUCCGGUCGGUGGUGGAGUGGUGGUAGUGCAGGGCGGCAGCGACAGUAGCAGCAGUAGCACCGGCAGCAGCAACAGUGGUGGUGGUGGUGGCGGCGGCCUUGUCAGUGGCAACAGUGGUGGUGCGGAAAGUAGUGCCAGUUGCAGCAGCACCGCUA